CCCCGCCUCCUUCCCUCUCCCCACCCCCAAACCCUCUCACCCGCGGCAGUCCGGUGCGAGGCCCCCUCCGGAAGGUGAAGGGGAUGGAUUGGACUCCGCUAGGGAAAGCGGGUGUCUAGAAGUGGUGCUAAUGGGAAGAGAUUUCUGGUUUCAAAAGAGGAUGCUCUGCCACAAAGAGCGGCUCGCGCGCUGGCCUGGGCUCUAGCCGAGGAGAGAUCCCGGGAGAACUCCAGAGCUCGGGGGGAGCGCUCCUCGGAGGACCGGGGUCAACAUGCCUGUUCGCAGGGGGCAUGUGGCACCACAAAACACAUUUUUGGGGACCAUCAUACGGAAAUUUGAAGGGCAAAAUAAAAAAUUUAUCAUUGCAAAUGCCAGAGUGCAAAACUGUGCCAUCAUCUACUGCAACGAUGGGUUCUGCGAGAUGACUGGUUUCUCCAGGCCAGAUGUCAUGCAAAAGCCGUGCACCUGUGACUUUCUCCAUGGGCCUGAGACCAAGAGACAUGAUAUUGCCCAAAUUGCCCAGGCAUUGCUGGGGUCAGAGGAGAGGAAAGUGGAGGUCACCUACUAUCACAAAAAUGGGUCCACUUUCAUUUGUAACACUCACAUAAUUCCAGUGAAAAACCAAGAGGGCGUGGCUAUGAUGUUCAUCAUUAAUUUUGAAUAUGUGACAGAUGAGGAAAACGCUGGCUCCCCAGAGAGGGUAAACCCAAUAUUACCAGUCAAAACUGUAAACCGGAAACUUUUUGGGUUCAAAUUCCCUGGUCUGAGAGUUCUUACUUACAGAAAGCAGUCCUUACCACAAGAAGACCCGGAUGUGGUAGUAAUUGACUCAUCUAAACACAGCGAUGAUUCAGUAGCCAUGAAGCACUUCAAGUCUCCUACAAAAGAGAGCUGCAGCCCUUCUGAAGCAGAUGAUACAAAAGCCUUGAUACAGCCCAGCAAAUGUUCCCCUUUGGUGAAUAUAUCGGGACCUCUUGACCAUUCCUCUCCCAAAAGGCAAUGGGACCGACUGUACCCUGACAUGCUGCAGUCAAGUUCCCAGCUGACUCAUUCCAGAUCGAAGGAAAGCAUUUGUAGUAUACGGAGGGCUUCUUCGGUUCAUGAUAUAGAAGGAUUCAGUGUCCACCCCAAGAAUAUAUUUAGAGACCGACAUGCCAGUGAAGACAAUGGUCGCAAUGUCAAAGUUUCACGUUCCUGGAUGGCAGGGGGGCCUUUUAAUCAUAUCAAGUCAAGCCUCCUGGGAUCCACGUCAGAUUCAAAUCUCAACAAAUACAGCACCAUUAACAAGAUUCCACAGCUCACUCUGAAUUUUUCAGAUGUCAAAACUGAAAAAAAGAAUGCAUCCCCUCCUUCUUCAGAUAAAACCAUUAUUGCACCCAAGGUUAAAGAUCGAACACACAACGUGACAGAGAAAGUCACCCAGGGUAAUAGGUGCCAAGAAGCAGGAUGGGACCAAAGGGAAGGACCUCUGGGACCCCCACAUUAUGGCCAGGUUCUCUCUUUAGGAGCAGAUGUCCUGCCAGAAUAUAAACUCCAGACACCACGUAUCAACAAGUUUACAAUACUGCACUACAGCCCCUUCAAGGCAGUCUGGGACUGGCUUAUUCUGCUGUUGGUCAUAUACACUGCUAUAUUCACGCCCUACUCUGCAGCCUUUCUCCUCAAUGACAGAGAAGAACAGAAAAGACGAGAAUGCGGCUACUCUUGUAGCCCUUUGAAUGUGGUGGACUUGAUUGUGGAUAUUAUGUUCAUCAUAGAUAUUUUAAUAAACUUCAGAACCACAUAUGUAAAUCAGAAUGAAGAAGUGGUAAGUGACCCGGCCAAAAUAGCAAUACAUUACUUCAAAGGCUGGUUCCUGAUCGACAUGGUGGCAGCAAUUCCUUUUGACUUGCUGAUUUUUGGAUCUGGUUCUGAUGAGACAACAACAUUAAUUGGUCUUUUGAAGACAGCUCGACUCCUUCGUCUGGUGAGAGUGGCCCGGAAGCUUGAUCGCUAUUCAGAAUAUGGCGCUGCUGUUCUAAUGCUCUUAAUGUGCAUAUUUGCCUUGAUUGCUCACUGGCUGGCUUGCAUUUGGUAUGCAAUUGGGAAUGUAGAAAGACCCUACUUGACAGACAAAAUCGGAUGGUUGGAUUCCUUAGGACAACAAAUUGGGAAACGUUACAAUGACAGUGACUCAAGUUCUGGACCAUCCAUUAAAGACAAAUACGUCACAGCACUUUAUUUUACCUUCAGCAGCUUAACCAGUGUAGGAUUCGGGAAUGUGUCUCCUAACACCAAUUCGGAGAAAAUCUUUUCAAUCUGUGUCAUGUUGAUUGGCUCACUAAUGUAUGCAAGCAUUUUUGGAAAUGUAUCUGCAAUUAUCCAAAGACUAUACUCGGGAACUGCCAGGUACCACAUGCAGAUGCUUCGAGUAAAAGAGUUCAUUCGCUUUCACCAAAUCCCCAACCCUCUGAGGCAACGGCUUGAAGAAUAUUUCCAGCAUGCAUGGACAUACACCAAUGGCAUUGACAUGAACAUGGUCCUAAAGGGUUUCCCAGAAUGUUUACAAGCUGAUAUUUGUCUACACCUCAACCAGACUUUGCUGCAAAACUGCAAAGCCUUUCGGGGGGCAAGUAAAGGUUGCCUUAGAGCUUUGGCAAUGAAGUUCAAGACCACCCAUGCACCUCCAGGAGACACCCUCGUUCACUGUGGGGAUGUUCUCACUGCACUUUAUUUCUUAUCCAGAGGCUCCAUCGAAAUCCUCAAAGAUGACAUUGUGGUAGCUAUUCUGGGGAAAAACGAUAUAUUUGGAGAAAUGGUUCAUCUUUAUGCCAAACCUGGAAAGUCUAAUGCAGAUGUAAGAGCUCUCACGUACUGUGACUUGCAUAAGAUCCAGAGAGAAGACUUGUUAGAGGUUUUGGAUAUGUAUCCCGAGUUUUCCGACCACUUUCUCACAAACUUAGAGUUGACUUUUAACCUGAGGCAUGAGAGUGCAAAGGCUGAUCUCUUACUACGAUCACAGUCUGUGAAUGAUUCUGAAGGAGACAACUGUAAGCUACGAAGAAGGAAAUUUUCAUUUGAUAGUGAAGGAGACAAAGAUUUUGGCAAAGGGAACAGUACAAAUGGUCCCGAAGACUCUGUAGAUACCAUAAGACAUUAUCAGAGUUCCAAGAAACACUUUGAAGAGAAAAAAAGCAGAUCUUCAUCUUUCAUCUCAUCCAUUGAUGAUGAACAAAAGCCUCUCUUCUCAGGAAUAGUAGAUUCUCCUCCAGGAAUAGGGAAAGCAGCUGGACUCCAUUUUGAAGAAACAGUCCCAACCUCAGGAAGAAUUCACAUAGAUAAAAGAAGUCACUCUUGCAAAGAUAUCGCUGACACCAGAAGCUGGGAGCAAGAAAACGCGCAGACUCAGGCUGAUGAGUCUAGCCCCUCAGCACUUCAGCGAGCUGCCUGGGGGAUCUCUGAAACCGAAAGUGACCUCACUUAUGGCGAAGUGGAGCAAAGAUUAGAUUUGCUUCAAGAACAACUUAACAGACUUGAAUCCCAAAUGACUGCUGACAUCCAGACCAUCUUACAGUUGCUGCAGAAACAAACCACUGUGGUUCCCCCCGCCUACAGUAUGGUAACUGCCGGAGCGGAGUAUCAGAGACCCAUUAUUCGCCUGAUGAGAUCCAGCCAUCCAGCAGCAUCCAUCAAGACUGAUCGAAGUUUCAGUCCUUCCUCACAAUGUCCUGAAUUUCUAGACCUUGAAAAAUCUAAACUUAAAUCCAAAGACUCCCUCUCAAGUGGGGUGCAUCUGAACACAGCUUCGGAAGACAACUUGACUUCACUUUUAAAACAAGACAGUGAUCUCUCUUUAGAGCUUCACCCGCGGCAAAGAAAAACUUACCUUCAUCCAAUUAGGCAUCCUUCUUUGACAGAUUCAUCCCUAAGCACUGUAGGAAUCUUGGGUCUUCAUAGGCAUGUUUCUGAUCCUGGUCUUCCGGGGAAAUAAUCAUUUUGUACUAUUUACUCCACAUACAAUGUAAGUGCUUUUAAUGGCUGUUUUCCUUUUUUUGUAUUUAAAUCCUCUCUACUUGACUCAGGGGCUCACAAGGUACCAUUAUAUGCAAAAGUACUGUAUCUUUUCCUAAAUUGAAGCUUGUAAGGUAAAAUUGAGCAAUUAGGAUGUAAAUAUACAUAUGAACUCUUUUGUUCCAAAUGUUAAAACUGCCAGCAUCUCCAGGCAUCUUAUUUUAUUUUUAUUUAUUUAUUUAUUUUUAAAUCAUGUGCAUGUUAGGAAACUCCAAUUUCUCUUGCAUGGAGACUCCUACUUACUACUUUUACUAAAUCUGUACUUUGUUAUGAAAAUGCCUUCCAAGCAAGUAAGAAACCAAGGGGUGACAUUGUUCAUGGAAGCAAAUCAUGGAAGAUCCUAAACUCAUGGAAGUUCCAGGGGUAGAAAGGGAACUUAAGUCACUCAGAACAGAUACCCUUCUGUUCUGAGAGGUUUAUAGUUAAUUACAUCCAUUUCACCACACUGAAAAAAAAAAAUAGUUUUAGAGUUCUGAAUCUUCGACCACGUUGUGUGUCCAUCUCCAAAUACAUGAAUAUAGGCCAGCUUUAAUGAGGACAAAAAGGACUUUCGACUUAAAAUUCUGUCUUUAACUGCAUUUACAAACUACCUAACAUGUUUCUCACUGGCACAUUUCCUUGCAUAUUUAGAAACAAGUAGAAACAAGUUUCUCUCUCUUUUUAUUAUUAUUAUUAUUUUUUUUUUUUUUGAGGAGGGGAAGGGAGUCUUCUCAAGAACUGCCAAGGUGUGACUGACACAAAGUGAUAUCUACAGCUUUCCUCUGAUUCAUAUAUUAGGGCAAUCCUGAAUUGGAGCAAAAGAGUGGACACACAUGGUUCUUUUUUAAAAAUGUGCAACCCAGUGGAUUUGCGUGGCAAAACUAGCUCCCAUUUAAGCAUAUGUUGUUCCACGGUUUUCAAUUUAAUCCCAGCUGUGGAAAAACAAUAUGCUUGUACCUGCCUGUAAAGGAAAUGAAGACACCAGCAGUAAAAUUUCUGUUUUGUUCAGUUACUCAAACACAUUUGUUAAUCAAAGAUUAGAUGAAAAUGCAUUCUGUAUGAAUUGGGCUGAAUAUAUUUGGACCCCAGAAUAUCAGAACAUACAAUGGAAUAUAUUUUAAUAUCUUUAACUGUUAGACUUUUUCGGAGGGGGUACGAUAUGCUUCUCAUAAAAUCAGGAUACAGAAAAAACUGCAAGUUAAUUUAAGAUUCUGAGUUGUCAAUUUUUAGUUAAGUUUUAUUUUUCAAUUCCUUUGAGUACAAUUUUAAUUUUAUUAUGGGCUGAUCUAUUAUAUCCUUUCCUUCUGAACGAAAUCUUGAAAUUUUUUGCAAGUUUCUUCCUUCUUUAAUAAUUCUUACACCCACAUAUAUUUUUAAAGAAAUAUUAUAUCUGUGCACAUUAUUAAAUGGAUUAGUUUCCAUCCCUCCAGGAUAGAAAUGUAAUCUAUUGACUUACUUUUACCUUUGACACUAUUGGUUUCAAAUAUAAGCAAUUCCUUUAAAUUUACAAAGCUAUUGCACUAUUUAAAAUGAUGAAAGUGACCUUAAGUUGCCCCCUAUAUAUUUUUAAAUGGUCACGUGUGGGAGGCAAUCUGUAGGCGUGAACAUAUUCUUAUCCCUGCUAAAUGUUCGAAAAAAAAGAAAACAUAAGCGAUAAAGUAUGUAUGGCAAAAUGACUAGUCAAUUCAGUAAAAAACAGAACAAGUUUAACUAGCUUCCCAAACCAUUUGGUGUUAAGCAGAUACAAAUUUAAGGACUAAUGCUUUCUUUCCUUCAUUCAACAAACAUUUAUGGGUGCCUAGCUGGGGGAGGCAAAUGGCUAACGUUGAUUCAGAGGACUAUUUGAGGAUUUUAUAUCUAUAUUUAGGCAUAUUUUUGCAGCUGCAACAAAUUUCAUAAGGAUUGCCAGCCUAAGCUCCAGGGAAAGUCAGAAGGAAUUCACCAGAGACUGUCAUUUGUAGAGGAUUUGGCAGGUGAGGAAUUUAGAUCUGAUUGUUUGAUUAGUGGAUGCUUCAGCUCCAACACUUGCUGUGACGUGCAUAAAAUCCCACAUAAAGCCUCUAUACUUCUUUAUAAAAACUGAGCAUGAAAAAAAAUAAAUAAAUAAAAAUUGAGCUUGAGGGAAUGGAAAGAUGGGGAAUAGUAUACAAGUUUCCAGCUUGCUUAAAGUUUUGCAUAAGACAAACAUUCUUCCUCUUAAUGCCUUGACAUAAAAUAAUUCCUUGAUAUUAAAAUCUAAGUCUCAGAGAAUUGGACAGGAUUAAGAAGGUCCCCUCUUCUAGGAUAUUAGCUUAACAAGAGCCUGGAAAAGCUAACAUGUGAUUAGUUAGGCAGAAAUGUCAGAGGCUCAAUGAUGAAAAUGACUUAGAGAUGACCAAAGCAAUUAUCUUAAUUUACAAAAUGCAUCUCCUUAUCCCAGUCAAAGGUCCAAUGCCUGAAAUCACUUGUCAUGCUUGCUGUGGCCAACAGUCUGACCCCUCCAUUGGCGAUCCUCCUGAGAGGCAGGGUUGACUGCCCAUCAGUCCUGGCAGUAGGAGCACUGCUGUCCUCCUAGGUAAUUCGAAGUACUUAAUACAACUGAUGCUUUCCACCUAAAAAUAGUGAGAUCUGGUUCCCAGGCCUAAAUAAAAUUCCAUCUAAAAUCUGAAGUUUAUCUGAGUGAGUUGUUUUCCUGCUGUUAUUGCUGGGCAGAGCGGGACAUAUCAUUUUACCUUAGAGAGGAGUCCCGUGUUCUAAUUAGUUGAUAAGGAAACUAGGAAUGAAAAAUGUUGAAGCAAUGUUCUUGCAGGAUUUUUAAAUUAAAAUUCACCCAUUCAACAGACAUGAGAAGGCAGGGGCAAAUUUGGGACAGCCUCCUUUUCUUAUGUCCAUGGUAAUGGAUUGGUCAUCAGAGAUGAAUUUUCCCACUCUUCCAGUCAGAAGAUAUGGGUAUCGUAUCAGGGCCUAGUGGCAUUUGGUGUGAGGUUGGAUAUAUGUAUAUGACAGCUGCUUACAGGUCCUUUUGGAGGUUUAUCUUUAACAGUGGUUCCCAAAAGCCUAAAAGAACCAUUUCUUUAACCUGAUGUCAUUUAAAAUCCCUUCAUAUAUUAUCAAAGGAAAAAGUUUAUCACCUCGUCGGCAUACCUAAAACAAUCAUUCUAACAGGAAAAUCUUUCCCUUGAAGGCUUUUCAUGAUUAAAAAAAGGAAUGUGGGAGAUCUAGUUAUUAAAAAUGAGUCACAACACUGAUUUAGAACAUAGUAGUCUUUAAAUUGCUUAUCCAUGAUUGAAACCAAAAGUAGAUCAAUGUAUUUGAGGAGAUUCCUACUGCAAAUCAAAAUUUUUAUAAAUUACAAAAAAUUUCAGAUCUUGAUUUUUGCACGAUAGAAAAAUGUGUCUAUCAUGUAAGUUCAGAGGCACUUGGAAGACAGAUGAUGAUGUCUUCCCAUGUAGGCCUAGAAUUAGCAGUACUAAAACAGCCAGGGAUCAUGCUAGAAACGCAUAUUCAUGGGCCCCACCCAGACCUACUGACUCAGAAACUCUAGAGGUGGAACCCAGCAAUCAUCUUUUAACAAGCCCUCUUCUAUAUGAUCUCCAUAAACACAAGAACUUUGAGAAUCACUAACGUAGAGCAUGGGCUCUGCAGUCAGACCCACCUGGGUCUCAGUUCUCUCAUGAAUAGCUGUGUGACCCUGACCAAUUUAAUUAACCUCCCUGAGUCUUUUUCCUGAAUUUGUAAAAAUGAGAUAAUGGUACCUGCCUCAAAGAAGCUUGAGGAAGAAGUGAGAUAACAUAUAGUAAAGUGCCUGGCACACAUAGGUGCCCCUAAAAUGCUAGAUUCUUUGAUUCUCAUCCAGGACCACGAUAUUAAAAACAAUCAGGAAGACAAAUAAUUUUUUCCACAAUAAAGCUUUUCUAUAAUGUGCUAUGCCUCCAGCUAAAUAGCCAUUAACAAGACUGAAGGUUUUGAUUCAGAAGACACAAGAGUAGCUAUUGUUUUCUCUAAUUGCAUUUUGCACUAUUAGGUUUUUAGCUUUAAAGUAAUACUAUUUAUGAUAGUGAGAGUAUGAAUGCCAUUGUUACAAACCUGUGUACUCUGAAUCAGUGAUCUGUUGAAUUCAGUACUACUAAAAAGUGGUCUGUAAAGACCGGCUCACUGGGGAAGCCCCUCUUUAGGUCCAUGACGUAGUUCCCAGAUGGGUAUUUGGAAAUGCAUUUUCAAAAUAGUGUUGAAAGAAAAUACACUUUCUAUUUUCUCAGAAAAUAGAAUUUAUAGUUGUAGUGGUCCUUUGCAGGCUUCUAGGCCCACACCAUCAUGCACAGAUACGCUAAACAGACUGCCUGCCUAAGUCCAGGGUGCGAUGGUAGAAAUGGCAAGAGACUUGGUGUCAUAAACCUGAAUUAAAAUCCUACCUUCUCCACUUUUAGGACAAACCCUCGGUGAGCCCCAGUAGCCAAAAUUAUGAAGGCCAUGUCUUAAAUAUCUUGAGGAGUGUUGGGGAGCCUCUGAAGUACGUAUAUGGAAGUGCUUUGUAAACCAUAAAGCACCGUGUAACUAUAAGCUCUUUAUGUGACUUGUGCAUCAUCACAAAUACAGUGUCAUUAGGGUGGCAGUGCCGUAGCAUGACCUAGGUCUUCUGAAAACCUUCCAUGGCUCCUCCCCCUACCCAACACUGACAGCAUUCCCACUCUGACAAAAAUCUAUACAGUGAUUCUCACACGGCUCUCAAAGAUCUAUUUACUCAGAGUAGGAGAACACCAGUGUUAGGAAAGCUAUCCUCUGCUAUAGCAUCCCCGUAUUUGUCAAAAAUUGUCGGUGUCCAACAUCCAUAGAAUUAUAUAUUUGAGUUGUGAUGGUUUUCUAGGUAUGCAGUAUUUUACCCCUUACCCCCUCACUUCUUAAGUGUUCUCAUUCAAAGCUUCUGUCUCUGGGUUCCACUUAACUUACAACAAAGUGAUGUUACCAUUUUAAAAACUAAAAGGAUGUUUUAAAAUGCUUUGUAAGGUAUUAGGUGUUGUGACUGAUCAGUGCCCAACCUUAGAAUAAUUCAUUACAUGUUCUGUAGUACAAAUACACUUGCUCUAAGAAUAUACAAUACAGAAAAUUCACGGAAGACAUGAAUUAUUAAUAAUUGACAGCAUGAAAAGAAAUUAUCACAAGGCCUAUUUAUAUAAACUAUUAAGUGGAGGUUGAGAGAGAUGACUAACAAGACAUUUUUUAAAAUACAUUAUCACUAUGAAUAGGAUGAAACAUCUGUAGGAAUGCAAUGUUAAGAACACAGAACCAUAUGAUCAACUGACCGAUUUCAUUGUUUUAGCAAUCAAAAUCAAACUUUUAAAUGAGUAGCAAGUAUUAGAGAAAUGCUCCCAAUAAAAUAUUUAUUAUGAGAAGUGGCAAAUUUAACAUGAUUUUUCUUGAGAAGCUAAUGUCAAAACUUAGCUGAAUUCCUAACCGGUAGUCAUGAAGUCAUGACAUUUGUGACUUUCGUUAGUUAAUUUGUAUUUUGAGAGAUACAAAAUAAUUUGGUACACCUAUGGUUUUAAAACACUGUAUAUUUAAUCUUCACUUUUGGUGUUUCCCUUGUAUGCAUCAUUUUUAAAUGAAAAAUAAUCACACCUGUUAGCACUUAAAUCAUAUACUUUUUGUAUUGACACUGUAUUAAGUAUUCUGAGUAUAUGUAAGAAAAUUCCACACCAUCUCAUCAACCUCAUUUAUUUUGGAGUAAAAUUUAAGGACUGGUCAUCUUAUACUUACCUCCUCCACAGUCUCUUCAGAAGAUACAAUGUUACAAUAACAUUGAAUAUGGCACCCUUUUUCCAAACAUAAAAACACCGAGGAAUCCCUAGUUUUCAUCUCCAGGGAUUAAUUAGACACACCUCCUUCUAGCUGAAAUUUGCAUUCUAUGAUUUUGAUAGAAAAAUAUAUACCAGAAUGUUUGCCAGUUCAAUAAUACAUUUCAAAAAAUAAUGUGUGUAAUCAUUUGAAAAUGUCAGUCAUCUGAUAAAAAGAAGUUCACUCACAUUGGUUAAGUAGUAAGUACCUUGGAAUGCUUUAAAUGUAAUGAAACAAUCUACCAAAACACAUACUUUUUCCUAGUCUUUAUGCACAUAAUGUAGCAUGAAAUCAUGACGCUUUUGAAAUACUCUGUGCGGAUAUAUUUAUUUUUUAGCAAAUAUUUUCUUCAAAGAUUGGUAUGUGGUAUUGGCAGUGUAAUCUACUUGCACAACUAGUUUUGCAAUAACCUACAAAUAACUGUAAAUAAGAAAAAUGUAAAUUUCAUGUAAAAAUGGUUGCAGAUUUUUGGUAGCUAAAAGUGUACAAGUUGUAUUGAAAAUAUAGUAUAUAUACAUAAUUUAAGAACGAAGCAUAUACUUUCUGAUCUAUUUAUACAUGAAAAUUCAAGAAUUUGUAAAAGAAAUUAUUUUGGGGAAAAAGAAAGUAAAUCUCAUUAGCUAGCUUUUAUUAGAGAAGCCAACUAUUUCCAACAUUUUACUAGGUAGAGUGCUAGAUACAGGCAUGGUGGUGCUGAUGUACUUCACGAAAUCCCAUAAUUGCAACAGUGCCACUACAGUUUUACGGAGUUCACUGGGACACUAGUAAACUGGACUGGGUAGUAAAAGCAUUACGUCUAAAAUUGAAGAACUGUAAAAACAUUUCACUUACUAUUGACUGUCAAGCACACAGUGGUAAUUGACUAAAACGUCUACCGUUCCAUUAUUGAAAAUUUCUGAUAACUGAGCAGGCUUCAAAUUACAUGGGACACAUUUGGUAUAAUGCGUGGAUGGUUCAUUUUUUUCGUCAAGAAUGAAAAUAUCCAGAUAACAUUAUUUUCAUUUGCCUAUGUUUCAUAUAUUCUAAUUCCUCCCCUAGAAUCAGUUAUCUAUUAUUUAAGAAUAAGCAUCUAUCUUCAGAGAAACCUUUUCCACAAAAUCAGUUGGUCAUAAUGUGGCAUUUUCUAAGCUAAGGACUAUUUACUCUGUUUAGUGGUUUAGAUUCUCCACCAUUCAUUUUUUUAGGUUUAAGACGCCAAGAGAACAUUUCGCUAUUUAAUAAAUGAAAAACCAAAUCAAAUAUAGAUUAGCAGAAACAAACGUGUUGUUAUCUUUAAGUGAGGCUGAUUAGAAAAAGAAUCAAAGUAUGAAUAAGCUAUUUAAAAACUUAAAAUCUCUUGCCAUAAGAGAGAUUUGAGGGUGAUGCAUUUAGAUAGCUUUGGGAAAUUAAAUAUGCAUCCAAAAGUUCGGCUAACCUGAAAAUUUUCUGAUAUGGCCUAUAAUUUUCAAAAGAAUAUGGAUCUUUGUUUAGUAUGUUUCUGGAACAUACAUACCUGUUCAGGUUAUCUUUUGAAAUUUCAGUUAUCAUAGCAAUAUAAAUGUGAUUAAAUAUAGCCAGCUAAAAUGCAAAUGACUGCAUGUAUCUGUAAAGCACAUAUUUAUAUUUUCAUGCUUAAGGGAAAAUGUUGGGAUCCGCCCCCCCCCCAACAGUGUUAUCUGAUGAAGGUACUAAUUCCUGGCAUAUUUGUCUCUGAAUAUAGCUAUUAAAUGAUGACAUAGCCAAAAUUCUCAUUUCCUGUAAGCUUUCCAAAUCGCCACCAUCUCUGAUGUUGUGGAAGGGUUGGAAAUGUAAGUAGCACAUAGGCAAGGACCCUCCUCACCCCCUGUCUGGUGCAUCAUAGUAAUGUAGGAGUGCUGCCAAUGUCUACUUACUCUACAGAUUUACAGAAGCACACCUGAAGUUAUUCCUGAAUGCUCACAAAAUAAUACACAAAGCUGUACAUUGCCAAGCUACCUGGGUAAAAGGAAUGUUAAGCAAUAUAAGGCUCUUUUCUUUAUUAGAUGCCGGUAAAAUAAGUUUUUUAAAACAAGUAGAAAAAGAAAUGGCAAGAAACAAAAGCACAGAUUUCCCAGCAUCCAAAUAAUGAGUUGAUAGUGAGCCAGACAAAUUUUUCAUAAGUGUCCUAAUGUUUUGCUGGAAAGUAGUUUUGUGCUCAGUAUUCUAAAUUACAGGAAAUAUUUAACUUAAUAUAUGGACAUAUAUGAUGUUGUAACCUUAUUCUAUACUACAAAUUACCUAAACAGUAUUCACUUAAAAUCUUCUCUGCAUUCAUCACUAUAACAGAAGUUUUAAAUAUUUGUUUUUUCUUUGUGUCAUCUAAUUUUAUUAUAAAGUCUAGACAUACUCUCAGAUGAUAGCUUAGAAUUGUACAUUUAUUUCAAAGUGCUUACAAAAUCAAAAAGAUGUGGUUUUUUAAUACAAGUUUCAAAGUAAUAAAACACCCAUGGCUGCAUUUUAAAGUUUAAAAGAAAAGAAAAAAUGCUAACGUGAAAGAAGUCUUGGAUUUUUACUCACUAGAUUUAAUUACCAGAUGUUCACAAAUUUAUACCUAUUAAUUUCCCAGAAAACUGCUACAAAUUCGAGAAAACAUAUCAUCUAUGAAUUCGUCAAAAGUACAAAAGAAAAGCACAUUUCUGACAAAUUGUAUUCAUUUAGUUUGUCCAGUUUAGUAAUGCCGGAAGAGUACAAGUGAACUUGAUUUGUAUAUUUUCCUUAGAGAAAGAAUUAUAAAUUGAUGUUUGUCAUUUUUUAAACUGCACAGACUUUGAACUUCAUUAAUGAAUUCUACUUUCUUCCAGGGUGAAUACCUUUUCUGGAAAUAAAUAUAUUAUUUGACACUUUUAAAUUACUUUUUGUUUCUGAAUGCAUGCUUACAUAGAUCAAAUGAGCACAGUCCUUGAAAUUACUUUAAAGUGGACCAAAUUAAGAUUCCAACAGUAUUUAUUUCCCCUUGAUAUAAUUUAAAAGGUGUAAACUGCCACUCAAAAUAGAAGUGCAACAUCUGACAUUGAACCAUUUGGCAGUUUUUUAGGCGGAGGUGAAUUACUGCACUGUUAUUUGAACUGAAGCAUCUCAUAUAUGUUAACAGAUUUUGUAUGAUACAAAACUUUACAGCAAGCUAUUUGAAUGUUUAUUAAAAAAUUCUCAAAAUGACAUGGAAACAUGUUUACUGUAUAAAUAAAAGCACUUAGAUGUUAA